UAAAAGAAGUAACAUGGAGAUGGUUUGAAUGUUUUAAACUGUUGCUUACGUUUCGCCGUGUUUAAAUUCAGUUUCUCAACUUCUUACAGAAUUCUCUAUUAUGCUAUUUCUAAAGGUGGUUUGCCCAGCGGCCCGUGAUAAGCGGGCGUGUAGCUGGUGAUGAACCCCUUUAGUGGUUAAAGAACGUGCCUGGCUUUAUACUUUGCAUUUUUCUCUGUGGAUCUGGGAUCUGGGGUCCCUGGCACGCUCGUUCUGAGACGUCAGCUGUUUUAUCACACGAGGGUUUCAGGUCAAGGACGGUUGGAGAAAGGCAGCCCCCCCGUUCCCCUUUUGCUGAGUCAUGGGCCAGACUGCUGAGCCGUGAUGACUGACACCUGCCUGGCUCAGCAUUUUCCAGACUGACGUAACCACAGGGCACCUCUUGUUUUCAAACAGGCACCUGUCAGGUUAGCAUCUCGAAGCAGGUCAUAAAUGUUGACUCCGUUUCACUCAGUCCCUUCUGGAAGAUUAUGCAGACAAAUCUUGGUUCUCUGCAUUUUGAUUAUUAUUCACAGUGGAGAAAUCAGUUUUACUUAGGGAAAUGUGGUUAUGAACUCAGAAUGUGCAUUUUUAAUAUCGACCUAAGCCCAGUGGUCGGCAGCAGAGGGUGGGGGGUGGCGGGGAACCCCGCCAGAUGCGUUCCAGGCCUGGAGACCAAGCCGGUCGCCCGAAUGCCUUGGUUCCACUCCCAGAAACCUUUGCAGGGAACAUUUAUUGGGUUGUGUUGUGCAAGGAACUCAUCUUUAUUAUGUGUAUAAUUGGUAUUUUUUAUUGGACAGUGAAGUCAUCGAAGUUGACGUUCUUGCUCUAUAAACUCAACAGGUGUUCGCUGAGGACCUGCUAAGUAGCGAACAGAACCGGGUUCAGAACCGUUUGCGGGUUAACUGUGCUUACUGUAUUCUGCCUUUGAGCACGAGUAGCAUACAGAUAGUACCGUACCAAUUUCUGUGCCUCAGAAUCUUGGGCUGUCUCAUAUUUGGUUUUUCCACUUUUACCGCCCCGGUGAGAACGUUUACGGUGGGUCGUUCUUCACGUCUCUUCUCUUCACCCCUGCGUGCCCUCCAUCAUCCACCCCUGAGCGGCCCGCACCCGGCAUUUGCUCCCAGGCACCCACGCCCGCUGCCACCACCCCACUCUGGCCCACCAGCUUCUUCCACCUGCGUGACUCGAGGAACCACCGGUCUGGCCACGUCCCUUCCUGACCCUUCGUUAAGUUCAUCCUCUGCAUAGUGGCUGCAAAGAUUGUUAAAAUCCGUAAACUGGACUCUCCUUUUGUGCUGAAAACCCAACGAUGAUUUCUUGCUAUAUGCCUUCAGCCAGCCUUCCAUCUUGGCCCCUGUGUCCCUGUCCAGCUCUGUCAUGUGUCCUCACCCCCUUGCUCACUGUUCUCCAGCCACACUGGGGUUCCCUCCGUCCCUUGCGGGUGCUGCCCCAGGACUCUUGCACGUGCUAUUUCUGGAAGUGCAGCUGUCCGUUUUCCAGUUCCCGCUCAGCCCUCAGUUUCUUCGGAACAGCCCCUCGGUAACCUCCCACCCCUGUCUCGCUCUCAGCACCCAGCCCCCUUCCUGCAGAGCUCAGCACAGGCUGCGGUUAGGGCUGGUGCACGUGUGCGUUUUGUCCAGUGUCCAUCUCUGCCAUUGGACUCCAAGCUGCACGAGGACGGAGGCCCUGCCGGGGGCUGCGUGUGCAAGGCUGAUGCCACGCCCAGCAUCUGCCUCUCCCACAGCUGUUGAGCGAAGCAUCGGGGGUUCAGGGGUUCGGAUCUGGUCUUGAUUUUCACGAACUCGUCGGGACGAGCCGACUUUGGGGCAGGCUUGCCGCCGUGACCCUCCCCUAAGAGUCCUACUAGCUCUGGGGCUCCCAUGGACCCAGUGGCCCUGAUCCGUCUUAGGGAGUGUUGAGGCACCGUGACUGUUCCUAGUUCUGGGGAAAUGCGAGCAGUCCGUGGAGGCCAGGAGCCGAUUCGGCAGUAUUUUCCAGAACCCACUGCGAGCGGAGGUCCAUUUAGAGGCUCUGCAGCUCGUGCUCAGCUGUAGAUCUUGUGUUUUGAGCCGAGUGUGUGGGCGCCCGGUGCAGUUUCCCGUUACUCUGGGGCUGGGGCACGUCUGGUCCGUGCCCCCCUCGGACGGCACCUGGACCACUGGCUCGAGCGCAGCCCGGCCCCCGGGAGCCCCGCGUCCCUGGGCCCCCCGCCGCUUCUGCGCCCACCAGCGGGUCUGAUUUUACGGGCUCGCGGAUCACGGGCGUUACUGGACGUGCAGUGAGAUGUGGCUUUUCCUCCCACUGAACUUGACAGACUCACUCCCUGUGUCGCUUCGUGCGUGGAACCUGGUGUUUCUCUGGGGCUCCAGUCACGCUGAAGUUUGGCAAGCCUUUUCCUGAGAUGUCUUUCCUUCCUCUGUUUCUUCACCUGCGAGGUGGGUGGGGUGACAGCACCCAGCUGCUUGGGUGCAGGUCUUACGUGCCACGAGGUCACUGGCACGGCAGCGGACACAUCCCGGGGGCUGAGCGACGUCUCUGGUAGAAUCCCCAGCGUUCGUAUCUAGUUGUUCUCUGUCGCUGGGAAGCUGGCUGACACAAUUAUUGUUUGCAAUAUUUGAGGGGGUUUUUCCCAUACACUUUACAAUUAUUAAUAGUUCAUUGUGACUUAGAGCGUUUUUAAAAAUAAGUUUAUUUAUUUAUUUUGAGAGAGAGAGCGCAAGACGGGAGGUACAGAGAGAGAGAGAGAGAGAGAGAGAGAGAGAGAGAGUCCCAAGCAGGCUCUGCACUGGCCGCGUGGGGCCUGAUGUGGGGCUCGAACCCCCAAACCAUGAGGUCAGGAGCUCAGCUGAAACCCAAGGGUCGGAUGCUCAACCAGCUGAGCCACCCAGGCGCCCCCACGACUUGGAGCACUUAACUCUGCUUUCACUUGUUUCAAAUAAAGAGGGUGUUCCUGUCCACACGAGUCGCGCAUUUGGCUUCCAUGGACCAGUCGGUGACAGGAAGGCAGGCAGGGUGACAAGACGGUGUCGUCAGGAGGCCCUAGCAGAUGCACCGCCUGCGGGUUUCUCACACGAGCGUUCACUUGGUGUGGAUUGUGGACAUUUGUUCUGGAACCUUCUCCGCACCUGGUCUUCCGCGUUGCUCCAUUUCUCAUCCUUCCACGCUUGGCCUGGCCGGAGCUUCUCUGUCCUCAGAUUCGAUGCUGCGUCUCUCCGUGUUCCCUCCCACCACUGCUUGCACUCCGGCCUCUCCGUGCGUUUGGGGGGCUGCGGGGGCACGGGUGGCCCCAGCGUCUCCCAGACACCCGCCCUCGAGGCUGACACCCACAGUCAGGAACGAACGUGUCAUCGGGCAGGAAGGCCCCUUGGCGGAGGGGCCCCUACGGUGCCCCUACUUUCCCCUUCCGUCUACCACGCCUGUUAACAUAGAAGGGGCAUCUGCGUGUAGGGAAUUUGAACUGAGGUGUUAUUUUAAGACAGUAUCAUUUGGAAAAAUGGAGUCUUUCUCAACAGUUUCUUGAAUUACAGGUCUUCAAGGAGCUUUGACAACUAAAUAGAAGAUCCUGGGAGAAUCUGUAAUCUGCAGUGACCCGAAUGAUAAGAAAAACGUGUACUAGCUAAGAUUAACCCGGACAUGCUGGACUUAGAACUCGAGUGGGGGGCCAUCGUUGGGGGCCCAUCUGGGUGUCGGCCUGUUGCUGCCAACGGGCGGGGUGCUCGGUAACGGGAGCGCUCGGGGAACCUUGGCUGAAAGAGACGCCAAGUACUCGCUUCACCCGUGAGCCUUUAGCAGCAGCUCUGUGUCUCUGGACGGCUCUGUCGUUCUGCGACACGUGAGGUGUUCAACAUGAAGCCGCUGCAGAUCGUGUUUCCCUCCCGGGCGGACCCCGAGAGCCCGGUCGUCGACCUGGACCUUCACCUGCCCUUGCUGUGCUUCAGGCCCGAGCAGGUGCUGCAGAUCCUGACGUGCCUGCUGACGGAGCAGCGCAUCGUGUUCUUCUCGUCCAGCUGGGCUCUGCUGGCCCUGGUGGCCCAGUGCUUCCUCGCCUACCUGCACCCCCUGCAGUGGCAGCACACUUUCGUGCCCAUCCUGUCGGGCCAGAUGCUGGACUUCGUCAUGGCGCCCACGUCCUUCCUCAUGGGCUGCCACCUGGACCACUUCCAAGAAGUCAGCAAGGAAGCUGACGGUUUAAUUCUGAUAAAUAUCGACAAUGGGAGCGUCACCUACUCUAAUGACGAGGACAUCGAUGUUCCCGACAUCCCUCUCCUGGCGGCACAGACGUUUAUUCAGAGGGUCCAGAGCCUUCAGCUGCACCACGAGCUGGACCUCGCUCACCUGGGCGCCAGCACAGACCUGAACGAGGGGCGAGCCCGCAGGCGGGCCUGGCAGCAGGGACUCAACUGCCAGCUGCAGCAGGUGGCCCUGCAGCUGCUCGUCAGCAUCUUCAGGGAGGUGAAGAAUCACUUAAAUUAUGAGCACAGAGUGUUCAACAGCGAGGAGUUUCUCAAAACCAGAGCUCCGGGGGACCAGCAGUUUUACAAGCAGGUUCUGGAUACCUACAUGUUUCACUCUUUCCUUAAAGCCCGGCUCAGCAGAAGGAUGGACGCCUUCGCCCAGAUGGACCUCGACACGCAGUCGGACGAGGACAGGUUAAGCAGGAUGCUGCCGAGUCCCCGAAGACCGACCAUCGAGAAGAUGGCCUCCCGAAACUCGCCGUCCCUGCACGUCACUCACCGGCGCAUGGUGGUCAGCAUGCCCAACCUGCGGGACAUCGUGGCGCCGGAGCUGCCCGCCCGGAACUCGUCGCUCCGGAAGAUGGACUCCGAGGGCUCCAGGAGCAGCAGCACAGUUCCGAGCGUGACCCCCAAGGCGACGUGUUCCUUCAAGGUCCCGGAGAUCCACUUCCCGCUGGUGAGCCAGUGCGUUCAGGCCUACUACUCCGACUGCGUGGGCCUGCUGAGCAAGGCCAUGAGCCUGCUGGCCCCCGACAACUCCGUGCUGCUGGCCAGGUACUUCUACCUCCGGGGGGCCGUCCACCUGAUGCAGGGGCAGCUGCUGGACGCCCUCUUGGAUUUCCAGAGUCUGUACAAGACAGACAUAAGGAUCUUCCCGGCCGAUCUCGUCCGGAGGACGGUGGAGUCCAUGUCGGGCCCCGAGCGCACCCAGGCCGAGCGGGUGCCCGAGCUGCGACGCCUCAUCAGCGAGGUCGUGGACAAGCCCGGGGAGGCCCCCAAGCCGGACGACCGCGUGAAAAACUUCGAGCUGCCGAAGAAGCACAUGCAGCUGGACGACUUCGUGAAGAGGGUCCAGGAGUCGGGCAUCGUGAAGGACACCAACAUCAUAAACCGGUUGUUCGAGGCGUUGACUGUAGGUCACCAGAAACAGAUUGACCCGGAAACAUUCAAAGAUUUCUACAACUGCUGGAAGGAGGCCGAGGCGGAGGCCCAGGAGGUCAGUCUGCCUUCGUCGGUGAUGGAACACCUGGAUAAGAACGAGUGUGUCUACAAGCUGUCGAGCUCGGUCAAGACAAAUCGCGGCGUGGGCAAGAUCGCCAUGACCCAGAAGCGCCUGUUCCUCCUCACCGAAGGAAGGCCGGGCUACGUGGAGAUCUCCACCUUCAGGGACAUAGAGGAAGUCAGAAGUACCACAGUAGCCUUUCUGCUUCUGCGAAUACCCACUUUGAAGAUUAAGACGGCAUCCAAGAAAGAAGUCUUUGAAGCUAAUCUUAAGACGGAGUGUGACGUGUGGCACUUGAUGGUGAAGGAGAUGUGGGCCGGGAAGAAGCUGGCCGAUGACCACAAGGACCCUCAGUACAUCCAGCAGGCGCUGACCCACGUCUUGCUGAUGGACGCCGUGGUUGGCACGCUGCAGUCGCCUGGUGCCAUUUACGCUGCCUCCAAGUUAUCUUACUUCGAUAAGAUGAGGAACGAAAUGCCUGCGGCGGUCCCCAAGACGACCUCGGAGACCCUCAAGCACAAGAUAAACCCUUCGGCGGGAGAGACCCUGCCGCACGCCGUGGACGUCUUGCUGUACACGCCCGGGCACCUAGACCCGGCAGAAAGAGUUGAAGACGCUCGCCCCAAAUUAUGGUGUGCUCUAAGUGAGGGCAAAGUGAUCGUGUUUGACGCUUCCUCCUGGACGAUCCACCAGCAGUGCUUCCGAGUGGGCACUUCUAAGCUGAACUGCAUGGCGAUGGUGGAGCAGAGUCAGGUGUGGGUCGGCUCAGAGGACUCCGUCGUCUACAUCAUCAACGUCCACAGCAUGUCCUGCAACAAGCAGCUCACGGACCACCGCUCCGGGGUCACGGGCUUGGCUGUCCAGGGCGGGGCACCCAGCAAGGUGUAUUCGUGCAGCGUGGACGGGACGGUCCUGGCCUGGAACGUGAGCUCCCUGCGCGUGACCAGCAGGCUCCAGCUGCCGGGCGGCGGGCUUUCGUCCAUCCGCCUGCACGACGGCUGUCUGUGGUGCUGCACAGGUAGCGGCAUCGUGGUCGUGACGACGGGUGGAUCUCUUCGUCAGGAACUGAAGGUGGAGGAGAACUCUAAGGACGCGAGCACCUCCUUCCUGGGUUUCCAGCUCCUCCCCGAGCAGGAGCAGCUGUGGGCGGCGUGUGCCGGGCUGGACGGCGUCUACAUCUGGAGCCUCAGGGACCUGGCCCGGCCCCCUCAGCGGGUCCACCUGCAGGACUGCGCCGAGGUCAGCUGCAUGAUCAGGGUGAAGAAGCAGAUCUGGGUAGGCGGCACAGGCCGGUCACAGGGGAAGUACAAAGGGAAAAUCUAUGUGAUCGACGCCCAGAGGAAGACGGUGGAAAAGGAGCUGGUGGCCCACACGGACGCGGUAAAGACCCUGUGCUCGGCAGAGGACAGAUACGUGCUGAGCGGGUCGGGCAGCGGGGAGGGGAAGAUCGCCAUCUGGAAAGUCGAGUAAACGUGGGUGAACGUGCCGAGCCGGGCUGUGCUCUGAGGGCCGCGUGCCUUCCGCCCCUCGCCGGCGCUCUCCGGAGGUGGUGGCUGGGGGUGGGGGCACCGCUGUGUCCCUUGCACGUGCCCGUUUGGCUCCUCGGCCUCCCGACGCAUAACGCACUUUCUCUCUCGCACUUUCCUGAUUAAACUGUGCCAACAGUGUUUCGGGUUGGGGUGCUUCUCAGGCAGGCGGAUGCAUCAACUUGCUAAUAACCUCUGUGAAGUUACCCAGUGUCGUCUAGAAGGUUCCAGAACCCAUGACCAAGGGCGAGUGCCGGAGCCAGUCAGAAGGGAUUUAGCCAGAUCACAUACGACCUGCAGACCUCAUUUCUCUGGUUCUGCCUUCUCUACUUCAUUCAAUGAAUACAUUUUAAGCAUCAGGCUUACAGGAGGCCUACGGCCUUCGGUUGGCUUCUUGUGGCCAGAAAAGUUCACGAGAGGAGGUGUUUUUUAAAUGACUGCUUUGUGGUUGAACGGAUUUGUGCCUGCCCUUGCUGUCCCCAUCAGAGCAGGUGACCCAAGAGGGGACAGGGAGGGGACAGAAUGCGAUAAGGGUGUGUGCACAGGGGUUGGGCUCGCUCAGGCAGGCUCUGGAUUUAACUAAGGCGAAAUUCUUAUGAUGAAGAAACCUAGAGAAACUUUUCUACCAAAGAUCACAGGCGAAAACUUCCGUCUAAAAUAGCACACACAACCUCAUCUUCCGGUGAAGUUGCCGUCAUUUGCCUUAACGUACGUUUCACCUGUCUGCCUGUGGAGUGCACGCCAGACAUGUCCGUAGGAGGUGCUUGAUUAUUUAACCGAAGAGGAUCUCAUUAGCUCUAAAUAACUACACAUUUGCAGAAAAAGACCUUUUAUACGUUUGUACUAUAACAUUGAGAUUUCAUUCCCUCAGGGUCCGGCAGGGAGGGUUCUGGGCUGUGGAGGGGGCACCCGCCUGACUCACCGUGUGAGGGCCCGUGGCCUGUCCCCCGUGGACCCGCCACGAGCUCAGCCACGGAGGGGCCUGCUGGACUCUGCCCUGGGCUUUUGGAAUCAGACACUGUGCUGGACCUCACUCACCCUGGGAGGUCUCAGAGGGUCUCUGGCCAAGUUCUGGUAGCAGCUACAGGAUCUCCAGACGAAAGCUUUGACCAGGACCCGGGCUGGGUCUACAGGACCUAAGCGUUUUGCAAGGUCCAGACCACUGACCCAGAUUUUGGGGUGCUCUGGGAAUGUGGUACAGAGAACAGCCAGGUGGCCUCAUGCCCCCAUGACUAUGCUUACAAAGGGGGUGCGCUCCCGACUUCCAGAAGGAAGACUCGGCCAUAAACAAAGUGCGGGAGGUUGAAUUCUGCUUUUGCAAACACAUGGAAGAUUGCGGUCAAAUCCUGUCAGAAACACACAUGAAUUAUUUAAUGUCCGUCCACACGUGACCAGGCGUUUUCACCUUGUCAACAGUAAAUUCCUUUAUUAAAGACUGAGGUCUUGUUUUCGUUCUUUAUCCAACAUUAACCGGUGGGAGAGAUCUGUGAAAUAAGACAGGACCCCUUUGGAUUUGCUGUUAAUUCCGAGCGCCCAUCAAGUUGUUCUAAUGCAGGCGUUUCAUUUCCUUUAUUCUUGGUGAUCAUUUCCAAGAUCUUACUUGACAGUGAUAGAGUGGCCAGUGGGGCUUGUUGAAAUGGAAAGGGUGCUUUAUGCCUUCGGUAUUUCCUCGGUGACCUGAAGAGGGUCCACGAUGACUGAGGUGUCGUAGGAGAGCCCCAAAUGAGCUGGAAUUCAUUCAGCAGACAAUGCCCUCCUUGCCUUGGCUUCAGGAACCUGAAUUCAGUUGGUACCAAAAAAGUGUUUAUCUUGUACUAGAAGCCAAUCUAUUACAGCUUCAGCUCUCCAGCUGUAUUUCAGACAGCGGGAGAGAAAGCUUGCUUUUGGGUGCUGGCACGGCUCCACAACGCCGACCAAAUCUUGCCCCACUUUAACUUACUGCUGAAGUUAAAGAUGAUCACUGGUCUUGGUGAUUUGUUCUCCGAAGAUGUGAACUCACCGGCUGCUCUCAAAUGACAGCCUUGGUAUCGGAUGUGAUUGUAACGUCUGAAUUAAAAGUGCAUGACUUCUGUCCAUUCCUAGAAGAUUCCUUAGGAAGACGAAGGGGUGCUUUCUCCCCAUGGCUGAGGAGGGUGUGGAUAGAAAGCCAGGCAGAGUUGCCCUGCUGUCUCCAGUGCCUGGAAGUGUUUGUAUUUCUUACAGCAACGCCACGGGGCCCCCAGGAGGUGAGGCAGAGAGGCUCAUCUGUGAGCCGCCGCUCAGCUGUACGUGACCCCAAGCGCACACAGGGACUCCAAAGCUCUGGGUUUCUGUGCCCUGGACCAGAGCGGGGGCCCGAGGCCCUGGGUGAGGCCACGGGGCCGGCCGCCUAUAAAGCGGAGGGCAUUCCUUCAUGCUGGGUUGGUUUGGUGGCUGUGAAGGGCAUUCCGCUGCUGGGCCCAGAACAGCCCAGGGAAUAUCCACCCAGGCUGCUUGCCGGGCUCUUGUGAAAAUAUUCAGAAAGAGCUUGUAAAGAGGCAACAGUGGCUGAAGGAGGCUGAGCAGCGGCCCUUUCUGAGGCCCUGCCCCCAGAGGCUGUGGGGGUGGCCCUAGAGAUCUCCAGAUGAGGUCAUCCUGGCUUAGGGAGGGCCCUAAAUACAGUGACAGGUGUCCUCAGAAGAAGAGAAGACACAAGAGACCACCAGGCACAUCAUCUACAAGAGACGCACGUUAAAUAUACAAACACCCGGGAGAAGAGCCCGGGGGCAGUGGGCGGGGGUGGGGUACGCACAGCUAUGCGUGUCCGACAAAACAGCCUCCAACUCAAGGUACAGACACGGUGUGCGUGGUGCUGAAAAGGCGACUCAGUUCAUAGUGGUGCCAUUAUUAAUUCAUACAAUGUAAUAAUCCUUGAGAGCACUUAACGGAGAUUCGAGACCCUUGAGGGAAACGUGGAGGAACCAUAGGAGGAGAUGGUCACGUCCACAGUAGUUGGGAGACGUUAACACCCUUCUCUUCGGUAAGUGACAGAACCAGUGGACAAAACAUUAACAAGCACAUAGAACAUUCCCCACCGUCCACCAGCGAGACCUGGCAUUAUACAUUACCCCUCACAAUAGCAGAAUAUCCCU